AUGAACAUCCAUUCCCCACCCACACUGCUGGAGCUGGCAGGGCACAGCCUCCUGAGCGAGAAGUCCAGGGCUUUCCUGGAUCUGGAGGACUAUCCCAUAGAGCUCUUUUCACCACUCUUUGUGGAGGCCUUCAGUAGGGGACACACUGAGGUCCUGAAAAAAAUGGUGCAGGCCUUGUUCUUCACCCGCCUUCCCCUGGGGGCACUGAUGAGGAAGCCACAGCUUGAGAUGAUCCAAGUGGCCCUAGAUGGCCUGGACAUGCUGUUUGCUCAGCAGAAUCACCCCAGGAGGUGGAAACUGCAGGUGCUAGAUUUGUGGAAUGUUCUCCAGAACUUCUGGAGGAUGUGGUCUGGAGUCCUGGUUGAUGCCUGCUCACCAGUUGAAAUUAAGAAGAAUUUAACAUUGAAACUUGGUCCAGCAAUGGCAGCUAAGCCACCCUUCAAUGUAGUCAUAGACUUGAGCCUCAGAAAAAAAACCCUGGAUGAAUUCCUUACCCACUUGUUCCUGUGGGUAAGACAGAGAAGGGACAGGCUGAACCUGUGUUGCAAUAGGCUGAAGAUCUUUGGGAAACCCACCAGCUACACCAGGAAGGUCCUGAGACUGCUGCAGCUGGACUCUGUCCAGAAGGUGGAAGUGCAUUGUGCCUGGGCACCCUCCACCUUGGCUGCUUGUGCUCUAUUUUUCGGCCAGAUGAGGAACCUGAGUAAGCUGCUUGUCUCCCAGGUCUAUGUGCUUGCCUACACCUCCCAAGAGGAGCAGGAGCAGCUGCUUGCCCAGCUCACCUCGCCGUUACUCAGGAUGGACUUCCUGCAGAAGUUCUGUGCCAAUGCUGUCUUCCUCCUUGAGGACCACCUGAAACAGGUGCUUAGCAGUGCAACCACACUGAACAUCCUGGACUUGGCAGGUUGUGGGAUCACUGAUUCUCAGCUCCAAGUUCUUUUGCCUGCCCUGAGCCGCUGCUCCCAGUUUGUGAUCUUGAGCAUCCAUGGGAACCGCCUCUCUAUGUGA